AUGUCGACUGCAGUUCAAUCAACUGCUGACGUAACUGCGUUUGGAGCAGGUCCAGCUGGUUCAAGAGCUUCGGAUCUCAUUCAAUUUCAAGAAAUCAUGUCCGAAUCGAACGAUUCUUCCUCAUCUUCCAGCCAAACCAAUGUUUCUGCCACCGCUGCUAGCGCUUUACCACAUGGAAACCAGGAUCAAAACUUUGCAGAUGACUCAUCGCACGUUUACACAAACAUAAAGGAAAUCGAUGAAUUGAAUAGUCGUCCAGUUCCACCAUCUCCCCGACCUGAUGCACAACCGAGAAGAGAUCUUCUGAACGGAUGGUUUGAGUAUGAAACAGAUGUUGGGCGAACUUUUUUUUAUAAUAAAGAGACGGGUAGAAGUCAAUGGAUUCCGCCUAGGUUGAUCAGAACGCCAAAACAAGUACAGGAAUUCCUUCUUGCUACAAAAACAAAUUUGGAUGCAACCUUCAGUUUUCAAGGGUCGUCCUCUUCUGAAGAACAAAAGGAGAAUACGUUAACUGAAUCACAGGAAGAAAAUAGAAAAAGUCAAUCAGUUGAGGACGAAGAAGUUUUCGACGAGAUUUGCGAUGACGGAGAAGACGAAUCACUUUUAGAAACAUCUUCACGUCCACUUCCUGUUCCGACUUUUUCAGAAGGCGAAGAGGAAGAUAAAGCAGAACAAAGUCUACCCAACGUACCUGCUCAUGUGAUAGAUGACGGUUUUUCCGAUUCUGAUAUUGAAGAAGAGGAACAGAUUCCUACGAGUUCACGGAAAACUUCUGGAUCCUCCGGUGCAAUGAUGCCACAUGUGCACAUGUCAACUUUUCAGUCGACAUUUCCUAGAGCCAGAGAAUUCGAUAAGGAAAAACAUACUCCAUAUAUGAUUCCUCCAGAUGCUAACGAAUCAUCAAAAACUCCUAGCUCAAUUCGUGUUCGUCGUCCAUCACCUUCCAGUUUACGUUCAGUUUCUUUCCAAAACAAAUGUACAGUGCUGAAAAAUGUUCCCAUGCCACAAGUUCUUCCCAUGUCGUCUGCAAGUUUCGAACAUCCACAUAGCCAUAGUACACCAGAUCGGCCAUCUUACGCUGAAGAAUUCUCUGAUCCCACACCAUCAUCACGAUGUGAAGAGAGAAGAGGAAGCAGUGAAGGACGGGAACCUGUUCGAACGAUUAGAUGUGGUGAUAUGGAAAGAAGUGAAAAAGAAGAGCCUUUGGAGAAGUUAUCGAAACCGAAAAAAAGAGAAUGGAUUAUGAAUUACAUGUACCUUACAACAGCGCAUCUUAUUUUGUACAAAGAUCAGAAAAGUGCCGAGGUACACAUGAAAAUGUUAUAUAAUAAACAACUAUCAGAAUGGUUUCAGAAACACGGUAAACACUACGACGCUCCACAAGGAGUUUGGGAUCUACGCGGCGCUACCAUCUCCUGGUACCAAGAUGAUCGUGAUGUACAGCGAAAGAAACAACGGAAAUACAUUCAAUUAGAGUUGUGCAACACAAAAAAGUACCUGUUGAGAGGUUCCAAUGACACCGAAGUCAGUGAAUGGUACAAAUCUCUGGAAGAGGUCGUCGCGAAACUGCCUGCACCAGGAUCGUCAACUCAACCAAUGAUUGAUGUGACUAAUAGUGUUGCUCGUAAUCCGUCAUACAUCGGCAGCACCCGUCCACUUUCUCAUGCAUUGAUUCCCAUAAGUCGGAGUAUGCGUCGACGGGAUCAUCCGAUGUCACAAUCUGCAAUUGAAUCAAUGUCGACUAGUGCAGCUGUGGAUGAAUCUAGACCUUCAAAAGAAACGAUUCUCGAGAAGUUGAGAAGAUUCUUCCGAACUCGGCCAACGGUGGAAAGUCUGAAAGAAAAGGGAAUUUACAAACCGGAGCCAGUAUUUGGAUCAACUCUAUUUGCAAUCUGUCAACAUGAAAACUCGCUAGUACCAAAGUUUAUCAGAGUUAUCACAGAAGUUAUAGAGAGUAAAGGGCUGGAAACAGAUGGGAUUUACAGAGUCAGUGGAAAUCUCUCGGCAGUUCAAAAAAUUCGAUGUCAAGCAGACCAAGACAACUACAGAGCUCUUGUUGCUGAAGAAGAUAUCCACGUCCUAACUGGUGCUCUCAAAUUGUUCUUCCGUGAGCUCUCGGAGCCACUUUUCCCUAUAUCACUGCAUAAAGAGUACACUGCAGCAAUGCAAAUGCCAAAUGCGACAAGUCGCUUCAAGAAGUUCGAGGAGCUUCUCAAUCGUCUACCAAACGAAAACAGAGAAACUUUGAAAAUGCUGCUGCGUCAUUUGAAUCGUGUUGCUUCGCAUUCGUCGCAAAAUCGGAUGCAGCAACAUAACCUUGCCAUUGUUUUUGGCCCAACUUUGUUUCACAAUGGAGAUGGAGCAGUUAACUCUGCUUCGAAAAACAAGAAAGCCGGCAAGAAAACAAAAAGUUCCAAGAAGGACGAGCCACAGCCCACGCCGAUCCAAUCUAACUCCCAUCUUGCGUUCUCAAUGAUAAUGCAGUCUCAAAUCGUUCAGUAUCUUCUCGAAUCUGCAAACAAAUUCGACAUUCUAAAAGCUCCAGUAAAUAUUGGACGAUAA